GGUUCUCAGUAGGACACGAUGGAAAAGAAGGCGAGGAAGACUCCAUGCAAGGAAACGUUUGAACAACUAGUUGUUGAGAGUAAAACUCCAGCAACAGCAGUGCUGCUGUUGAACUCCCCAGAGGAGGACAUCCUCGUCAAAGCCUGUGAAGCAAUCCAUACAUUUGCAGAGAAAGGAGAUGAGAACAAGGUUUCCCUGCUGGGAUUUGGGGCAUUGGAGCCUCUCUGCCGCCUCAUUACUCACUACAACAAGCUGGUCAGACGCAACGCCUUCAUGGCCCUGGGCAUCAUGGCCACCAACGGUGAUGUAAAGAAUGCUCUGCAAAAAUUAGAUGCCGUUCCAUUGAUUAUAGAAAAACUGUCCCCUGAAGAAGACACAGUCGUCCAUGAGUUUGCAACGCUGUGUCUGGCCUCUCUGUCAGUGGAUUUCAUUUGUAAGGCUCAGAUUUUUGACAACAAAGGCCUGCCACCUCUAAUCCACCUCUUAUCCAGCCCAGACCCAGAUGUCAUGAAGAACUCGUUAGAGAUCAUCUUUAACCUAGUUCAGGUCUAUGAAUGCCGCCUGGCGGUCCACAAGUUAGGUGGGAUCCCUCCACUUCUGAAGCUGUUGAAGUCGGACUUCCCCGUCAUUCAACAACUGACUUUAAAGAUACUGCAGAAUGUCACCACUGAUAGAGAUACGUGCAACGUCUUCAGGGAGGAGCAGGGAUUUGACAAGCUCAUGGAUAUCCUUAAUAACGUGGACUUCAGGGACUUACACGCUGACGCCUUACAAGUAGUGGCUAACUGUUUGAGUGACAGUGAGAGUGUCCAGCUGAUCCACAAUGGUGGAGGGCUGACUAGGUUGAUGGAAAUUGUCCUCACCCCCAACAUGCCUGAAAUCCAGUCCAACACUGUUAAGUGUAUCACCAGAGUGGCUCAGAGCUCUGAGAGUCGUGAAGUGCUGCACAAGCAGGAUGUGGAAAAGGUUUUGGUAGAGCUUCUAUCUGUGGCGGACAUCAAGGUGAAAUCAUCUACCUGUCAGGCCGUGGCCGCCAUGAGCCUCCACCGAGCCAGCAAAGACAGCUUCAGAGACCUGGGCGCUAUCCCUGAAGUUGUGCAGUUGCUGAACAGUGAGAACCUGAUGUUAAGAUCAGCAGCAACCCAGGCUCUGUCUAGCCUCACACAUAGCAACCAGCGCAACGCCUUAUUAGUGUAUGAGGAAGGAGGCCAUGAGAUCCUUGUCCAGCAGCUGUAUGGAAGCUGUCUGAGGACGGUGGCCAAUUCCGCAGCUGCACUUUGCAACAUGGCAGAACAGAAGACCAUCCGCAGUAGCAUCUUGUCACAUGGAGUCAUACGGGCUCUGGUGGAACCCUUGAAGUCUUCAGAUACACAAGUCCUGGUCAACACUACGCUGUGUCUGUCAGUGUUGGCCUGUGAUGAAGAAGCUAGGGCGGAGCUACAAAGAGCUGGAGGCCUGCAGCCGUUGGUCAAUCUGCUGCAUUCCUAUCACAAGGAGUUGCUGCACAACGUGUGCUUGGCAGUCUGUGUCUGUGCCAGUGAUGAGCCUAUUGCUGUGGAGAUGUGCAAAUUUGGAGCCCUGGAAAUACUUCAGGAAAUCAGCCAAUCCGUGAACCGUAGGAGCAGUUUCACCAAGCUGGCCAUGACCAGCCUGCUUAACUCCAACUUGUCUGUUAAAUACAGCUUGACAGGUCAUUUGACCUCCACUGACAUUAUUACUGAUGGCUUUUAUGAUGCUGGGAAGGCUCGUCCAGGUCAAAGGGUUCUGACUUUAGAGGAACUGUUCAAGCAGCCAGUCAACGGGCACCGACCCGUCAUUGUCAUCAACACAGCAACAGAUAAGAAGAACGAGGAGGACGAACCAAAAGAUGAGAUGCAGUCUGAGUCUCUUACAGAGAAACCAUGGAACAUGAUGGAUGAUGUCUCACUGCAGAGUCUAGUAAAGGAGGCCAAAGAAUCCAUCCUCCCACUGAAAGAUGAACAAGAGCAAUAUGCCGCUUUGGCCAGGCUGGUGAGUGACGCCAUGGGUGGAGCAGUGGAGAUGGAAAAGUUGCAUGAAUUCUCUUGGAUGCUGCACCUCAGUGAGCUCAAGUUUCAGCUUCAGUCUAACGUUGUUCCCAUUGGUUUGAUCAGCAAGGGAAUCUACUGCCAUAGGGCACUUCUGUUUAAGUGUCUGGCUGAUUGCAUCGGAAUAAGCUGCUCACUUGUUAGGGGUGAGUACAACCGAGCUUGGAAUGAGGUACUCUUCAUUUGGAGCGCCGCCAACAAUCAGCGCUCUUCACAGCCCUGCCGCUACAUCGUCGACCUCAUGCACCAGCCUGGCAGCCUACUGGCAGUCGAUACCCCCGCUGCUGUGCGGUACCAGACUAUAUACCCAUACCAACACUGUUCAGUAUGAAUUCUGUAGAAGGUAAUGCUAGGCAUUUUAAUGGACUGUUACUGUAUAUGAUUGAUUUGUUUUGUGUGUAUGUGAUGUAUGACAGACAUUGUUCACAUCAACAUGCAUAUACACAUGCAAAAGGGAAAAAUACAGUUUUGUUAAAUGAGCUUUUUGAAUAAAAACAAUAAUUUAA